GAGACCCUUCCAGAAGAAACGGCCAACGAAGCGAACCCGAACCCGAACGCAACAGAAUCGCGCGGAGCAGCGGAAACAGAGCGCGGCGACGAUAAGCAACCGGGAAGCUCUGCAAGACUUCGAUCAUGGCGGAAAAACUGGCUCCCGAGAAGCGCCACGUCUUCUCCCACAACGGUCAGACGGUGUUCGAGUGGGAUCAGACCCUGGAGGAGGUCAACAUCUACAUCAAACUGCCCCCGAACAUUCAUCCCAAGCAAUUCUACUGCAAGAUUCAGUCCAAGCACGUCGAACUCGGGAUCAAGGGCAACCCUCCUUAUCUCAAUCACGAUUUGAUGAGCCCCGUGAAGACGGAUUGUUCUUUCUGGACUCUCGAGGAUGAUAUAAUGCAUAUAACACUUCAGAAGAGGGACAAAGGUCAAACAUGGCCUUCUCCAAUACAAGGCCAGGGUCAGCUAGACCCAUAUGCGUCUGACAUGGAGCAGAAGCGCCUCAUGCUUCAGAGAUUUCAAGAAGAGAAUCCUGGAUUUGACUUCUCUCAAGCUCAAUUCACUGGCAACUGUCCUGAUCCGAGGACCUUUAUGGGUGGUAUUCGGUCUGACUGACAAUCUUUUUGCCAUGAUGGCUACUUUUAUUAGCUUCCAUAUCAACUUCUAACAAUCUGGUAUAUAAAAUGAUCUAACAUGGAUCACACGCCAUUUCCAACUGUAGUGCUUGGAUACUUCGUACAUGUUCUGUAUUAUGUCUUUUGUCAAGUGUAAUUUUACUUGGAGACAAUUAGUGAGUGAUAAAGCUGGGUGAACUUUUCUGUCUUUUGUCUCUCUGUAAUUCUAUGCAUAAACAAUUUGUAAGUGACAGAGUUGUGUGUUUCACCUGUCA